AUGUUUAUAACCGCCACUCCAAUGCCUAUCAUUGACUUUAAGACCAACAAAUCAUUAACAAUAAAGACCGAGAUGUCUUACGCGUUUCAAAACCAACAAACAAAAACGUACCUAAUCUGGGCCGGGUCAGGCACCGACUCAGUGGCCACCGCACCGGUUAAGACCGACCCCAAGUACUGGCACGUGUUCGCCAAACUGAUCGCACCCGUCGGCGGAUACUACCGGAUGACUCACGGACUCCCGGCGUCCCAAAUACGGCACGUGACUAAAGUGGCCGCUGCACCCGGUGUUAACGGAUACGUUAUGUUGUUUAAUAAGCAAUGCGGUGAUGAUACUAACCCAAAUUUGGAGCAAGGCGGAGUCGUCAAAUGCGCAUACGUCCAAAAUCAAUCUAACCCUGGUCCACAAGAUACCCCUCACUCACCGGCCCCUCCACCGCCUCCACACCCACCUCAUCGUAAACGUACUGUUCGGACACAACCCUCAGUCUAUCGUAAUGACCGGCACUGGGGUUGGGCUGAACGUACGGGUUGUACUCAGAAUACCUGGCCAUCGUCUCCAGCCCAGUCAUUAGCCCUUCCGAUCAUUGUGCUGGGCUCAGCUGGUGUGGGUAAAAGUGCUCUCAUAGUACAAUUUGUUCAAGAAACGUUUGUGGACAACUACGACCCGACCAUUGAGGACACUUACAGAAAGUACAUGAUAGUGGACGGACACCACUAUAUGGUGGAGAUUGUGGACACUGCCGGCACCCGACAGUUCUCGGCGAUGAGGGAACAGUACAUACGGUGCGGACACGGCUUUGUACUCGUCUACUCCAUAGCCGAUAAGUCCACGUUCGCCGAGGCUCUGGCCAUACGGCGCCAAAUACUCGAGAUCAGGGCUAAUGGCACUGAUGGUGAGACCGGUGGCACAGGGGUUGCCGUACACCCACCUCUACCCCCUAUGAUCUUGGUUGGCAAUAAAAGUGACCUGAUCGAUGAGCGCGAGGUCAGUACAUUUAGGGCGGCCCAUACGGUGAACCGGGAGCUAAAUGGCUGUCCAUUUGUCGAGUGUUCGGCCAAAUGUGAGAUAAAUGUGUCCGAAGUGUUUACGGAUGUCGUCCGACAGAUCAAUGGCCAGAGAGGUAGUGAUGGCACGGAUGGAGGACCCGGUGCUAAGAAGCCCAGGCGCCGCAGUCGCUGUUAUUUUAAUUCCACCACGGCCGACCCGACCAAGGUGCAUCAAGCGAUUGUUGACAAAAUGACCAACACUGAAUUGCCACUAAAAACCGAUACCUAUUAUGUGGCACAAAAUCAUAAAACUGGCAAUUGGUUGGUGUGGGCCGGAGGGGUGGGCACUGUUAGCCAGCAUCUGGACAUUAAAAAGAUUAAGUAUCAGCACAUAUUUCACAAAAUGGAUCAUGGUUGGUACAAAAUGAUACACCAUAACGCUAGUCAUACUGUGCAGGUGGCUAAAUCUGAUAACGAAGCUAAAACAAUGGUCGCUGAAGGGGCUUAUGAUAAUCAGAUUGUUUGCCACAAUUCUGCCAAAAACAAGACUAAUAUCAAUGACUGGCGAUUCUUUGAUGUAGAGGUCUAUUGA